AUGGCCCCAAGAAGCUCUAUCAUUUCUUGGGGAGCCUAUAGUUUAGUCCUCUUUGGGUUUCUUUUGCUCGUUUCCCAAACAAAUGCUAGAAAUGUUGUUUCGACUCAUAAACCCGAAGAAUCUUAUGAUGAUAUAAGGUUUGACUUGGGAUUUCUACGAAAAACCGUGCAUGUUCCUUCAUCUGAAUCGAGCCAAAACAAGAAACUAUCUAUGGUAGACUUUAGAAUAGUUCCAAAAGCUCCUCACAUUUCUGCUCCUGGUCUGAAUCAGAUGACCAUAACCUAUCCACCUCCUCUACCUCUAUUGCACGAUAGGAUGUUAUCGAAAACCAAGCACAUUCCUCCAUUUGGACCAAGUCACGGGACUUCAAACUCAUACCAUCCCAUCAACUAUGGAAUGUUACCGAAAAACAUGCACAUUCCUCCAUCCGGACCAAGUCACGGGGCACCAAACCCAGACCAUCCCAUCAACUAUGGUAUGUUACCGAAAAACGUCCCCAUUCCUCCAUCUGGACCAAAUCACGGGGCACCAGACCAUCCCAUCAACUAUGGAAUGCUACCGAAAAACAUUCCCAUUCCUCCAUCCGGACCAAGUCACGGGGCACCAGACCAUCCCAUCAACUAUGUAAUGUUACCGAAAAACAUCCCCAUUCCUCCAUCCGGACCAAGUCACGGGGCACCAGACCAUCCCAUCAACUAUGUAAUGUUACCGAAAAACAUCCCCAUUCCUCCAUCCGGACCAAGUCACGGGGCACCAGACCAUCCCAUCAACUAUGGAAUGUUACCGAAAAACAUCCCCAUUCCUCCAUCCGGACCAAGUCACGGGGCACCAGACCAUCCCAUCAACUAUGGAAUGUUACCGAAAAACAUCCCCAUUCCUCCAUCCGGACCAAGUCACGGGGCACCAGACCAUCCCAUCAACUAUGGAAUGUUACCGAAAAACAUCCCCAUUCCUCCAUCCGGACCAAGUCACGGGGCACCAGACCAUCCCAUCAACUAUGGAAUGUUACCGAAAAACAUCCCCAUUCCUCCAUCCGGACCAAGUCACGGGGCACCAGACCAUCCCAUCAACUAUGGAAUGUUACCGAAAAACAUCCCCAUUCCUCCAUCCGGACCAAGUCACGGGGCACCAGACCAUCCCAUCAACUAUGGAAUGCUACCGAAAAACAUCCCCAUUCCUCCAUCCGGACCAAGUCACGGGUCAUCAAAUCCAUAG